UGCACUCCGCGAAUGCUUAUUUCCAUAUUUUAUUUUUGUGUUCUAGAGACAUUCUCCUUUGAUUUUCCUUCGGUUUUGUCAGCUUUGGUAGUAAAGUAUGUGUAUUUAAUUUUUGUUUUCCCUAAGGGCUUUUGGAAUACUGAGCUUGAUUUUGCAAAAUUAAUUGAAAUGUGUGAGUUUGGAUAAUGGAGCAAAAGUAAUUAGAUAUUGUGGUGAAGUAAAUACAUUAAUUGAUUCUUUUUGAAGAUUAGGGAAAUUAGAGUUGAUUAAUAAAUUGAAUAAAUUUGAGGUAAUACAUAUGUAUAAAUAAUUUGUAAAUGAGCGAACAUGAGUUUUUUUAUAAGUUACAGAUA